AGGGGUGUAAAAGGCCCCCAGCUCCAACCUAAGCCCCUACAUGGGGCCUGAGGGCACCUGCAGGCAUAGACAGGGGUCUGGCAGCUGAGGCCUGCCCAGCCCUGGGGCAAGGGCAAGUGUAGCUCUGGAUGCUAUCCACACGGGUUCCACUGUUGGCACGUGGGUUGCUGGCACAGUCCUCAAUACCUAGGGAGAAGCAGCUCAUAAAUAACAUGAGACCCAGAGCAGGGAGUUCUCACCCCUUUCUACUACCCAGCCCCUUUUGGAUGCAGCCCUAGUACCCAUCACCGCAGCCUGUGGGCUACUCUUCCUACUCUGGCAGCCAGAGGCCAUCUCCUGGGGAGCAGGAUGAUGGGGCCAUGCAACUUGGGGGUGAUGGAGGAGCAUGGGAGCCAGGCUGAACCCCAGGCUGGGGCCAGGAUAAGAGGGGAACAAGAAAACCAUGGUUGGGCUGGGAUGGUGACAUGGAGAGAGCCACAAGGAGAGACGAUGGCUGUGCCACCCCGCAGCUCACAUCUCCAGGGCCUGCCACACACCCUGCUCUGCCUCGCAGCAUCCUCCCAGGGAAAGUGGGCUCUUUUCUGGGUGCCUCCAAAUUGUGGUGGGCAUAAAUCUGUCCUGGCACCUGCAUGAAACUUCCACCGCAGCUCUCCAUGGGGUAGAGGGCCCUAUGAAUCCCACGUCACUGCUGGGGGAUACCCAAGUGUGGCAGGGGAUACUUGCUCCCACCCACUCCCCCUGCACACGUGCUCUGAAAUGGGUGAAGCAGCCAGCGGGGCUGUGCCAGAGCUGAGCUUCAUGUGCACAACAGCCGGCUGAGAGCUGUGCCCGACACUGGAUAGGGCGUGUUAACCCUUCAUCUGCUUUUGGGGCUCAGUGUGCCGAGGCCCACACACUUCCCCUGUGCCCAGGGAGCACCCCCAAGUGCCCCAUGCCGGGGGCAGAGCUGUGAGGGCAGUACUGAGCCCCCUGAGCACAGGAGACUCCAGGGCCCAUGCCUGACCCCAAGGGCCCCUUGAGACGUGGCCCCCAGCCUGGCAUCUCUCCUGCUGCUGCCUCCCCAGCCCUCACAGGCCUCCCACCCUGUAACCACACUGCCCAGCUCCCCGGAGCAGGCAUUUGGCUUUGUGCCUGCUGCUCCUGCUCUGGUGGUAUGUCCCCUCCCCAGCAUGUUUAAUUCAUGGGAAGGGAUGAGAGGAGGCAGCAGGGCCCAGGGAACAAGCCGCUCCUGUUUGCUGCCUCCUCUCUCUGGGACCCAAGCUCUGAAACCCAGACGACUGGCCCUGGAGUGGGCACUGCUUGGGAUACCUGCUCCCGUGAGCUGCCUUGCUUCUUGUCCCGGCCUCGCUCACAGUGACAGGGCCGGGACACAGCAGGGAGGUGACCAGAGCAGGGCUGUGCUGUACCCAGGGGACGGAGACCCCCCGACGGAUCCGUCACAGGAACACGCGCUGGCGGAGCAGCACCGUGGGGCAGCAGUGCAGAGCCUUGGCGCGGGGCCCCGCAGGAGCCGUCUCCCCCGUUCGCACCAGUGAGCGACUGUUUUGACAGAGCUAUUACUCACCCGUCAACCUUUUGUUCAAGCUGACCAGCUAGUGCCUGUCUGAAGUUCUGAAUAGGAUCAGAUCUUGGAACCAGACACACACACACACACACACACACACACACACACACACACUCAUGCACACACACACAAGUGUGCAGCCUCACUCGCCCCAAAGCCAGUGCUCCGGGCUGGAGUGCACCAGCUCCGGGCUGCUGGUGGGCAGCUCGUCUCUCCCAAAUCCUCUCUCAGCCGAACGGAGUCAGGGGGCCCUGGCCCCCGCAGCCACCUGCAUGCAGGACGGCAGAGUCUCAGCCCGCCGACUCCUGGCGCUGCUGGCCUGCAGCCUUCUGGCCUGGAGGGUGGGCGAGACAGGACCCGACCCGCUGGAGAAGCUGUCCCCGUUGGCUCUGGGGCACCGAGCUCUCAGUACGAAGGAGACCUUCCUGGUGCUCUCACUGCACAACAAGCUGAGGAGCAAAGUGCAGCCACCCGCUGCCAACAUGCAGAGGCUGGACUGGAGUGAGGAGCUCGCGCAGCUGGCGAGGGCGCGUGCAGCCAGCUGCCUGGCAGGCCCUGCUCCAUCGCAGGCCCCUCACGUGGGCUGGAGCGAAGCCCUGCUGCCGGUGGGCACCGGCGGCUUUGAUGAAGUGCUGCAGCGCUGGUUCGCCGAGGGGCAACACUACGACUACCAGGCGGGGCGCUGUGCCGGGAAUGCCACCUGCAGCCAUUACACCCAGCUGGUUUGGGCCACGUCGGGGCAGCUGGGCUGCGGCAGGCACACGUGCGCCGGGCACCGGGGCCACAGCGAGGCCUUCGCCUGCGCCUACUCGCCUGGGGGCAACUGGGAGAUGAACGGGAAGACCAUUGUCCCCUACAAGAAAGGGGCCUGGUGCUCGCUCUGCACUGCCGGGCUCUCCGGCUGCUUCAAAUCCUGGGACCACAGUGGUGGGCUCUGCGAGGUCCCCAGGAACCCGUGUCGCAUGACCUGCAGGAACAGCGGGCACCUCAACAUGAGCAGCUGCCAGUGCACGUGCCCCCCAGGAUACACGGGCAGGUACUGCCAAGUGAAGUGCAGCGUGCAGUGCCUCCAUGGGAAGUUCAGGAAGGAGGAGUGUUCCUGCCUCUGCGACAUCGGCUACAGUGGUGCCGAGUGCGGAACGAAGAUUCAGUUCCCCUUCCACGCCUGCGAUGUGAGGAUAGACGGCAACUGCUUCAUGGUGUCCCCUGAGGCCGACACAUACUAUGGAGCCAAAAUAAAGUGCCAGGAGAAAGGGGCGAUGUUGGCCCAGAUCAGAAAUCAGAAAGUCCAGGACAUCCUGGCCUUCUACCUCAGCCGCCUGGAAACCAGCAACAGGGUGACGGACACAGAUUUUGAGACCCGUAACUUCUGGAUCGGUCUCACCUACAAAACAUCCAAGGCCUCAUUCCGCUGGGACACGGGUGAGCCAUCCUCCUUCACCAGCUUUGCUUUUGGACAGCCAGACAACCAGGGGUUUGGGAACUGUGUGGAGAUGCAGGCGUCAGCUGCUUUCAACUGGAAUGACCAGCGCUGCAAGACUCGAAAUCGGUACAUCUGCCAGUUUGCCCAGGAGCACAUCUCCCUGUGGCAAUAGGACCCCUGAGUGGGCAACCACAUGCCUUGGCCAGUGCUGGCUCAAAAGGACCCUGUGGCUGCUCCCUGUCUGGCCCACGCAGAUACCUCCAGGGCUGAGGUCCGGUUCAGCUGGGCUCCCUGGUGUAGGGGGCAAGGGCUGAGGGGCAAGUAUGGCACUGGGACCUACCUAGAUGGGAGCAUGCUCUACACUAGCAUCCCAGAAACAGCAUCCUCUUCUUCUGCCUCUCACCGUCCUCUGUCACCAUCACACUCUGACAAGCCUCAGGGCAGGGAGACUCCCAGCCUGGUGCCUGCAACAGCCAGGUCCACCUGGACCCACACUCUAAAUUAGCAGUCCAGUUGCGUCCAGACAGGAGCCCUGGUGCAGUGAGGGGCUGAACGGGGCUGCUGGAUGUCACAGACCUUGGCCUGGCUCAAGGCAGUGGCUGGGCUUAGCUCAGAGCACCCUGAAGGCAAGAUGCAGCCAUUGCCCUGACCUGGGUGGGAAUGAGCUGGCCUGGCACCGCAGUUCCUCAUGGUGUGCUGUGUGGGUAAUAAAGACUGUGUCUCCCUUCGGAAGUGCCACUUGC